GUAAUCAUCGACCGCCAAAAUAAUUAGACGAAUAAUUGCGUUACGUACAAAUUGAAAGUGUGGUCUUCAUAUUAAUGACGUUAUAAUGAAAAUUCAUAGUGUUUGAUUACAUGAUUCAGUACGCAAGAUGGAUUAUUUGGAAAAGGAGUCUUUCGUACUUCGCCAACUUCUCCACCAGCCGCUCCAUGCUUCCCAUGAAUGCCAUGGCACAGAAAGUGGUACCAGGAUCAGAGUCCGGAUCGAUGAAACCCUUGACAGGGACCGGACUGAGUUAUGUCACGCUGCAACCACCCAGCCAACCACUUAGUCUGGUACAGGAUCAUAGACCAUCGGUGUAUCAGACACCACCUUACAUUGGCAGCAACGUGGAGGAGCCGGAAACUGAAAAAAUAAUUCCAAACGGUGUGGAGAUCACAAAGACGGAAACUGAGCAAGAUGUGCCUGCUGUUACAAAACAAAAUGAAUCCAAUAGAAACAACAAUUUGAGUCCUGAAAAUCCUCCUCAGGAGCAACCGUGUGAAAUGCAACCGGAACAGGUUCUGACAUCGUUGAUGGAGUUUCCAUUGAAUGCUCCGCUAAACACACCAGCGCAGAAUAAAGUUGAGGAAAAGAAGGCUCCUGUAAAUAAUGGAUCGAAAGAAUCAGAUGGUAAAGCCGUUAAUACACCUGUACAUAUAAAACAAUCUCCACACAAACCAGAAGAUGUACAAGCAAAGAACGAAGUUCCAAAGGCAAAACCUACAAAUCAGAGUUUGAAAGUACCAAACGAUAAUGCCACCACAACAGUAACAGUAACUAGUACAUAUAAACCUGACGCAAAAGUCACUACCUCUCCAAAGACAACUAAACGAAAAUCUAAAGAAUUGAAAGAUUUGAAAGCAGCGUCUGCAGCAGUUGCUGAUGGAGCAAGUAAACCUAAGAGGAACCGGGUUCAGACACAACCUUAUCAAAGCCCAUUACCAGAGUUUUCUUUAUUCGUCAAAAGCCUCAACAAGACUCCAGGCUCUUCUAAAGCUCCUGACGAUAAACUUAUUGUAUUCUACAAAAACGAAUUUUUGGCUGUGAGGAACGCCGAGGGAAGCUUUUAUGUUUGUCAAGCAAUGCAAAAUAUCUAUAAAUCAAGCAGACGUAUUCGCAUACGUUGGUUAUCUCAAGAUAAAACCAACGGUGAAUUCUAUUCACCAGAUUUCUACGAUACUAUAGAUUUUGAUUGUAUAUUAACAAAUUUGAAUCUAAACAAGGUUGACAAACAUAAAUUCUGGUUAACACGAAUAGAGCUGCUACGUACGGAAAAUAUCUUAAAACGGGCUAUCGAUGUUGAGGCUGGAGUAUCUGAAAAACCUCGAGUUACAGAGGAGCAUCCUGAUGGAUUGGAUUUGUCGCUCUACAAAGAUGAGUCGCAGUUGAAGAGAAGAAAAGGUUUGCAAAAUGAGAAGCCGAGUCAACGUAAAAAGUCCAAACGAGUCGGAAAUUCCUCGGAUGAGGAAGCGGACGAGGAAGAAUCGGAUCGAAAUCGGAAAACAUCCAAAGCGAGUCGCACAAAGAAACAAUCGGUUAAUAAGGCAUUGGCGAUCGCUAAAUCCGUCGCAAAAGGCACCAGUAGAGCAGAAAGAGCACUCAACAGAAGCACAAAGUCUGGCAAUAAUCUAGGCAACGACAGUUCUACUACUACUACUGCUGCUGCUACAACUACUGCUACUAUCACGACCACCUCUGCUGCAGCGGCUGCUACUACUGCUACUGCUCCUGCUGCUACCGUUACUACUAGUACAACUACCACCAAUCCCGCCAACGUUUCCACCGUGGCGGAUGCCAAAAGUAAUGCAGAUUCGAAGAAAUUGGACUUGAAGAAAAACGGCAAGCAACAAAGCAACAAUAGCAUCAGGGGAGUUUCAAGAACAAAACUCGGAGAGCGCCGCUCCGUUUCUUCUGAUUCAUCGUAAGAAGAGGCGUUAAUGGUGAGAACGCGGGGGAAGUGUCACCACUGUCGUCGCUCACAUCACCCUCGGAGCUGUUUGAAUAGGGGGAUGGUAAAUGGGGCACCGGACCGACUCUUUUGCGCAGCUCCUCCUGUUGCACCCGAUUCGCACGGGCUUUCUCGUCCUCGUCCUCGCUGUGAGUCUCCACUUCUUUUCGCUCAAUCUUCUACAAAAAAAAGAAACGAUACGCAAUGGAUUAAAUAUAAACGUGAGUUUUUUAUAUAAUACGAUAUAAAUUUAAUUCCAAUAUAUACGAAUAAUUUAUUCCAUAAGAAAUUCAUGUAGGAAAAGAUAUACGCAUAUCUCUAUAAAAUAUAGUGACGUUUUGACGCUUUGAAAGUAUGAAUUUUUUUAUAAAUAUGUAUAGCCUCUAAAUUUGAAAUAUUCAUACUCUUGUUUUUGACAAAUAAUCUUUAUUCAUAUCCCAUCAUAUUAAUAUAUGUUAAACAAUUUUUAACGGAUCUCAUAUUAUCAUUUCUAUCUUUUAAUUUUUUUUUAUGAUAUCUAGGAAAUUUGAAUAUAUAUUAUCGCGAGAAAUCGUGAAAAAUUGUGAAGAUUUAAUUUAAGUCAGUUUCGAAAUUCAAUAAAUAUGCAUUUUAUAUAUAUACACAAGAUAUUUCUAAAACUGUCAGAGAUUUUAAUGCUUUUUCUCCAAGUUAUAGUCCCCUAAAGUUGGGAGAAAAAAUUAAAAAUAUAUUAUAAGUAGCUUUUGGAGACUUUUUCACAGAUCGUUGAAAUUUUUGACAGCAUAAUAAUUAAUAGUGAUUAUAGAUAUUUCAUUUUUAUGUGGUUUUGACAAUUUGAUCUGAUUUUGAGAAGGGGAUUUGGAAGAUGUUAAUUUUCAUUUUUGGACCCAUGUUUACAGGAACUUUUUUUCUUAUUUUGAUCCCUAGAAUGCGUCCUUAACAUCUCUGACAUAAUUUUAGAAACACUAUAUACUCAGGCUCUGGAUUUUAGAUAUCUGUCAAAUAAUUUUAAUAAGUCUUCUAUUAUCGUUUCUAUCUGUAUUAAUUAUAUUCUUUAGUGCGAUGUCUAACAAUAAGAUAUAUAUAUAUAU